UUUUUUUUGUUGUUGAUCGUUGCUUAUACAAAAUGGCGUCCCGUUAACGAGUGAGGUUUUCUUACUCACACAAAGUGUAUUAUAUUUAAUUUGUGGAAUUUAUGACAUUAUAAAUAUAUCUGCAGCAUUUUACUCAAUAUGGGGUAAAUAAAAAUAACAGAGUACUAAUUAUAUCAAUUACUUUGUUUUAUAGAUGUUGAGUUGAAAGUCGUAAAAAAUAUCGUACAAUUCGUUUUAUUAGUAUGCAUUUUAUCAAAGUCAAAAAAUUUUAAUUACAAGGGAAUUCAUUUGAAAAAGAGAUAUAUUUUAUAAACAAAUUUUUGCAAAUUAUUUUGCGUUACAUUCUUUACAUUAAGGAACUGAAAAAUUAAACUAGUUCCUCGGAUAUGGAAAAUACAGAAAUAAAGAAGGAAGUCAUGGAUGUCAAUUCUGAUUUGGAGAUAUUUAAUGACCAAAAGAAAAAAAAGAAAAGAAAACAUAAACAUCACAAGCAUAAAAGGGACAAGGUUUUAGAAAAAGAAGAUGUAAAGAUUGAUAAACAAGAUAGGAAGAAACACAGAAAACACAGGCGUUCUAGAAAGAUAAAAGAAGUGGAAAAUGGCAUUACUGAGGUGAAAAUAUCACAAGUAGGAACCACAUUUUCAGAUGUCAAUGGAAAAGAAGAGACUUAUUUGGAAGUAUUAACCACAGAAGAAAGUGAUGAGGAAAAACUCGUUGAUUUAGAUUCAGAUGAAGUUGAUUGCACCAUCAUUGAAGAUGAUAUUGAUUUAGAAGAAUUAAUGAAGCAAAAGGAGCGGCUUCAGGCUUGUUUAGUGCAGUAUCUUUCCGAUGAAUCAGACAAAGGGAAAAUUGUAGACACACCGGAUGUAAUACUCGUAGAGGAUGAUAGCGGCGAUGAAAGUAUAUCUAAAAGACGUCGUAGAAGCAGAUCAGACAGCAGAGAACGUAAGAAAAUGUUGAAGAAUGAAAGGCGAGUUAUAGUUGAUAUGACGAGGAGAAAUAGAGAGGAUUUCAAGGAUAAAAGGCGAGACAUUGACAGAAAAAGAGAUGAGAAACCUCGAAUAAAAGAAGACGUUAAAAAAGAAAUUUUACGUAAAGAUGAUAAAAUAACGCGUAAAGUAGGUAAUAAAUCUAAAGAAGAUAGAAAAGAUGAUUUAAGGAAGCGCAUUGACGAUGAUAGGCGUAAAGAAACCUUGAAGAAGGAGGAACUACGUAAAAGAGAAUUUGAGAGGAGGGAAGAUGACAAAAAAAGAGAAAGCGAUCAUCAUAAUUUUAAGUCUAGACUCGAUUUGAAAUCUAGAGAUUCCAGAGCAGACUCCAGGCAUCGGAAUCGAGAUGAUCGUCCAAGUCGGGAUCGACCUACAAAUAAAGAUUGUGAUAAAAGAGACAGUAGGGAUAAAUUUGUUGGUCGAGAUCGACAUAUUAGUAGAGACUGCGAACGAUACGUUGGACGAGAUCGGGGAGGUAGUCGUGACAGAACCGAAAAUCGAGAUCGAAGAGAAGACUUCAGAAGUCACGAUCGAAUUAGAGAUCGCUCUAGAAGUACGAGGAGAUCUCGUAGUCCAAUAAGAGGUCGAUCGGACCGAGAUCGAUACAGAAGAUCAAGAUCUACAUCCAGAGGACGUAAAGAUCGCUACGGCAAAGACCAUGACAGAGACAGGAAUGGAAAAAAGGAACGCAGCGACAAGUAUAAAGAUUCCUUGUCAGAGGGGCUUAAAAUCGAGCGAUCAGAGAGUUCAAGUGAAGAGGAAAUUAAAGAUAUUGACAUUGAGGAAGAAGAAGAUGAGGAGGUUAUUAUUGAGCGAAGGAGAAAGCAAAGGGAAGAAUUGUUAAAGAGACUAGGCGGACCAAAUGAAGAUUCUAACCUUUCCACUGAUAUGAACACAACGACAGUGACACCCAGAUCAGAAGUUCAGUCUAAUAUAUCACCAAAAUCGGUAGACGUUACUUCCAAUAAUAACGGCUCUACCUCAGAAAGCCAUACACCACCACUACCCCAGAAAGUGAAGUCUCCUGAAAAUAUAAAGAAACGGAAGUCUAAAUUUGAUAACGUAGAAUCUAGACAAGAGGAAAGUGCAAAGAUUGACGAUAAACAAAAUUCAAAAAAAUCUAACGAAUGGGAUAUGUUUGCCGAAGUGGAUAAUAUUGGUGACUUUAAUAGUCCGACGGUUGAAGGGAAGCGCCAUGGAGGUCCAGACAAUCCGAGUCUUACCGAUAACUGGGAUGAUGCUGAAGGCUAUUAUCGAGUUCGUGUCGGUGAAUCUUUAGACUCUCGUUACGUUGUUUACGGAUACACUGGUCAAGGCGUAUUCAGUAAUGUUGUAAGGGCAAGAGACAACGCUAGAGGAGGUCUCGACGUUGCAGUUAAAAUAAUUAGAAACAAUGAAAUAAUGCAUAGAACAGGCUUGAAAGAAUUAGAAAUUCUGAGGAAACUUAAUGACGCUGAUCCAGAAGAUCGAUUCCAUUGUUUACGCUUAUUCAGACAUUUCUUCCACAAAAACCACUUGUGUAUGGUUUUUGAACCAUUAGCUAUGAAUUUAAGAGAGGUGUUAAAGAAAUAUGGUAAGGAUGUGGGUCUACAUGUUAAAGCGGUAAGGUCUUACACUCAGCAGUUGUUUUUAGCACUGAAAUUGUUAAAACGAGCAAAUAUAUUGCAUGCGGAUAUCAAACCAGAUAAUAUUCUAGUCAGUGAAAGCAAAUUAGUGUUGAAACUAUGUGACUUUGGCUCAGCGUCGCACGCACACGAAAACGAAAUAACUCCAUACCUUGUGUCAAGAUUUUAUCGUGCUCCUGAAAUUAUUCUCGGCAUACCAUACGAUUUUGGUAUUGACAUGUGGUCCGUAGGAUGUACUAUUUACGAAUUGUACACUGGAAAAAUCAUGUUUUCGGGAAAAACGAAUAACCAGAUGUUGAAAUUUUUUAUGGACCUCAAAGGAAAAAUGCCGAAUAAAGUAAUUAGGAAAGGUUCUUUCAAGGAUCAGCAUUUUGACACCAACUGCAAUUUCCUCUAUCAUGAAGUUGAUAAAGUUACUGAGCGGGAGAAGAUUGUAAUAAUGUCUACAUUACCAGCGUCGCGUGAUCUCAAUACAGAAUUAGGCGGAAAUUCACUGCCAUCAGAACAGAGUCGGAAGGUGUCUCAGCUUAAAGAUCUACUGGAACGAACUCUGAUGCUAGAUGCUGGGAAAAGAAUUACUGUGAAUCAUGCUUUGGCUCAUCCUUUUAUACAAGAAAAGAUCUAGGUAACCAGACCCAGGCACCUUCCGCGAUGGAGUUUUAUUAAUUUAAAUAAUUUGCAUAAUUUUAACAAGUGCUGUUGUUAACGUCACCGAAUGAGCACAAUAUUUAUGCAAUUCACGAGAAUAUCUGCAUAAUUUGGCGAAAAUAAGCGAAAAUAAGCGAAAUAAGUGCAGUGGGCUUAAGAGACAUAUAAAAAAGGAUCAAAUUUUUAACAGUCCAUUGAAUUACAUUGAAUUACAUUGAAUUACUCUUUCCCUCACAGCCAGUGCUACAUAUUGGUUACUAGAAAAACCAAUCACAAGUAUUUUUGCCUCAUUAUCGCAGUUUCUAAUGGAGUAAAUAAUGUUUUCAAACGCCUGGUAUGGCGUUUCAUGAAUGUUUUUUUGUAAAUCUCUGUACUACGAUAAAAUAUUAGCGAUUAUACAUUUGGUAUUUUAUUAAUUGAGAGUAUCUCUUGGAAAUUGUAAAUUAUUACGUUUUAAUUGGAAAUUAAAAGACUUAUUAGUCUUGCAUUUGUUUUUGUUUGUUUUUUUCGUUCUACAGUGAGUCAAUUAAGUAUAUUACAUAUGAAUUUAUCUUGAAAUUUAGCGACAAUUUAUUUGGUGUAUUAAGGAGUCAAAUUUGUAUAGAUAAUAGGACUGCAGUUGAAAUAAAAUAACACAUACUUGAA